CGGAUGCGCCUCCCCGUUCCUCCCCGGCCGCCUAGCUCUUGAUCUCGCUAGCUUUGCUUUGCUCCUCCGCGCCCGGCCGGAUCUUGCUCCCCUGCUCGGCGGCGACGACGACACGUCCAGGCCGGCCGCCGGCGAUCGAGCUCGAUCGUCUCCUUCGUUCUAGCUACGCGGCAGCUUCAUCGAUCACGUGUUGGUCGAGAGCUAGCGGGCACACCAUGCAGGCGGUGGGCAUCCGGAGGGGGCUGACCAUCGACCCUGCGGGGGAGGAGGAGGCCCCCGCGGCGCGGGUGGGGCGCCUGGUCCGCGAGAGCCCCGUGGUGAUCUUCGCGCGGCGCGGGUGCUACAUGGCGCACGUGAUGAAGCGCCUCCUCGCCGCCGUGGGCGCGCACGCCACCGUCAUCGAGCUGGACGCCGGCGCGGCCGACGAGCUCGCGGCGGCGGCCGCCGAGGCCGGGCGCGGCGCCGUCCCGGCGCUGUUCGUGGGCGGCGCCCCCGUCGGCGGGCUCGAGGGGCUCAUGGACCUACACCUCAGCGGCCGUCUCGUGCCACGGCUCAGGGAGGUCGGCGCCCUCUGCGCCUAGCUAGCCACCUCGCCGUCCGCCGGGCGCGCGCGGCUGGGCUCGCUCAUCAAUCGCCACUCCUCAGUUUCACCCAAGGCGGGGGCCUCGCAUGGCAUCGCGUCGCGUCCAUGUACAUACGCGCGGCCCCUGCGAUUCGGAGAAGCAUCAGGGUGCUGGAUGCAAAGUACAAUCGAAUAAUAAGUUUUAAGCAAGUGGUAGUACUACUACGCCGCCGGGGCGGGAUGCUUGUGAGGGGGAACAUUGUUACAGGGGGUUUUGCGAGAAAACGGCAGGACCUAAAUGUGAUUACUUAGGAGUAACACUGCUUCUUCCUUCUUCCUUCUCUCCGUCUCUUUUCCUUCCUUUCACAGCAGCAAGCAAGCUAGCAAGCAAGUUACUACGGCAGUGAUCUUGCAUUGCCCCUUGUCCAGACUUAUGUAAUGCAGCCAGCUCCAUGUUUGGAAGGCUGCAUAGAGAGUUAGCUGAGCUUGAUUAUGAAAAAGGCUUGUCCGGCCUGCAUACCUGGAAAUGCAAAUUGAAACGCAAAUUA